GGCAGGCAGGAGGCUGAGCCCGCUCCCACCGGACCCCCAGGUAUUUUGAGCCAGGAGAAGAUGAUAUCUCCGUGCCUCCCAUGGCCAUUUGCAAGCAUGUCUCUUCUGCUGGUCCCCUCACUGGUGACUCUCUUGAUGGUGUCAACUCCUUCGUGGUGCCAGAGCAGUGGCACCACAGCUCCAAAAGCUAGCAAUGGAGAGCCAUUUCCUUGGAAUAAAAUGCGACUUCCUGAGCAUGUCAUCCCUGUUCAUUAUGAUCUCUUGAUCCAUGCAAAUCUCACCACUCUGACCUUCUGGGGGACGACAGAGGUCAGAAUCACGGUCAGCCAGCCCACCAGCACCAUUGUCCUGCACAGCCUCCAUCUGCAAAUAUCUAAGGUGACCCUCAGGAAAGGGGCUGGAGAGAGACUGUCCGAAGAUCUGCUGAGGGUCCUGGAAUAUGAGCCUCAUGAGCAAAUCGCACUUCUGGCUCCCGAGCCCCUCCUUGUUGGGGUCCCAUACACUAUUGUUAUCGACUAUGCUGGCAAUCUUUCGGAGAGUUUCCAUGGAUUUUAUAAAAGCACCUACAGAACCAAGGAAGGAGAAGUGAGGGUACUUGCAUCAACACAGUUUGAACCCACUGCAGCUCGAAUGGCCUUUCCCUGCUUUGAUGAACCCGCCCUGAAAGCGAGUUUCUCAGUCAAGAUCAGAAGGGAGCCAAGGCACCUCGCCAUCUCCAAUAUGCCGUUGGUGAGAUCUGUGACUAUGGCGGAAGGGCUCAUAGAGGAUCAUUUUGAUGUCACUGUGAAGAUGAGCACCUACCUGGUGGCCUUCAUCAUUUCAGAUUUUGAGUCUGUCAGCAAGAUGACCAAAAGCGGCGUCAAGGUUUCUGUGUACGCCGUGCCGGACAAGAUCAAUCAAGCAGACUAUGCCCUGGACGCUGCGGUGACUCUUCUUGAAUUUUAUGAGGACUAUUUCAGCAUUCCAUAUCCUUUACCCAAACAAGAUCUUGCUGCUAUUCCUGACUUUCAGUCUGGUGCUAUGGAAAACUGGGGACUGACAACGUACAGAGAGUCGGCCUUAUUGUUCGAUGCAGAAAAGUCUUCUGCAUCCAGUAAGCUGGGCAUCACGAUGACUGUGUCCCAUGAGCUGGCCCACCAGUGGUUUGGAAACCUGGUCACCAUGGAGUGGUGGAAUGACCUUUGGCUGAACGAGGGAUUUGCCAAGUUCAUGGAGUAUGUGUCCGUCAGGGUGACACACCCGGAGCUGAAAGUUGAAGACUACUUCUUUGGCAAGUGCUUUGAUGCGAUGGAAGUUGAUGCAUUGAAUUCCUCACACCCUGUGUCCACACCUGUCGAGAAUCCUGCUCAGAUUAGGGAGAUGUUUGAUGAUGUGUCAUAUGAAAAGGGAGCGUGCAUUCUGAAUAUGUUAAGAGAGUACCUGGGUGCUGAAGCAUUCAAAGGUGGCAUUGUACAGUAUCUCCAGAAGUUCAGCUAUAAAAACACCAAAAACGAGGACUUGUGGAACAGUAUUGCAAGUAUCUGCCCAACAGGUGGCACCACGGAAGAUGGCUUUUGUUCCAGAAGUCAGCGUCCCGCUUCCUCCUCACACUGGCGUCAGGAAGGCCUCGACGUGAAGACUAUGAUGAACACCUGGACGCUGCAGAAGGGCUUUCCCCUGGUGACCAUCACAGUGCAAGGGAGGACCGUUCACAUGCAGCAAGAGCACUACAUGAAGGGAUCAGACGGUGCCCCGGGGACCGGACAACUGUGGCACAUCCCAUUGACGUUCAUUACCAGCAAAUCAGACUCGGUCCAAAAGUUUUUGCUGAAGACAAAAACAGAUGUGCUCGUCCUCCCAGAAGAGGUGGAAUGGAUCAAAUUUAACGCAGGGAUGAAUGGCUAUUACAUCGUGCAUUACGAGGAGGAGGGAUGGGAUUCUUUGACUCGCCUCUUAAAAGGAACACACUCAGCCAUCAGCAGUAACGACCGGGCCAGUCUCAUCAACAAUGCCUUUCAGCUUGUCAGCAUUGGGAAGCUCCCCAUUGAAAAAGCCUUGGAUUUAUCCCUGUAUUUGAAACAUGAAACAGAAAUUAUGCCUGUGUUCCAAGGCAUACACGAACUGAUUCCUAUGUAUAAGCUGAUGGAGAAAAGAGAUAUGAAUGAAGUAGAAACUCAGUUCAAGGCCUUCCUCCUCAGGCUGCUACGGGGCCUCAUCGAUAAGCAGACCUGGACAGACGAGGGCUCCCUCUCGGAACGGAUGCUUCGGAGUCAGCUGCUCCUCCUUGCUUGUGUGCGCAAGUACCAGCCAUGUGUGCAGAGGGCAGAAGGCUAUUUCAGAGAGUGGAAGGAGUCCAAUGGAAAUUUGAGCUUACCCAAAGACGUGACCUUGGCAGUAUUUGUUGUGGGGGCCCAGAACACCGAAGGCUGGGAAUUUCUGUAUAGUAAAUAUCAGUCAUCUUUGUCCAGUACUGAGAAACACCACAUUGAAUUUGCCCUUUGUAUGAGCCCAAAUAAGGAAAAGUUGCAGUGGCUAUUAGAUCAGAGUUUUAAAGGAGACAUCAUAAAAACGCAAGAGUUUCCAAGUAUUAUUAGUCUUAUUGGCAGGAAUCCAGUGGGGUACCCUUUGGCCUGGCAGUUCCUGAAGGAAAACUGGAAUAAGCUCGUACAAAAGUUUGAGCUGGGCUCGCCUUCUAUAGCCCACAUGGUCAUGGGAACAACAAAUCAGUUCUCCACAAGAGCGCGGCUUGAUGAGGUAAGAGGAUUCUUCAGCUCUCUGGAAGACAAUGGUUCUCAGCUCCGCUGUGCCCAACAGGCGGUUGAAAUCAUCGAGGAGAACAUCCGCUGGAUGGACAAGAAUUUGGAAAAGAUCCGAGCAUGGUUACAAAAUGAAAACGUGAGAGCGCUGUAGCCUUCGCUUCAGUUCCGACAGGCUCCGGGGAUCCAGAGUCCCCACUCCUUGCCGAAUGGGACCGGCUUUCAAAGCAGCAAUGGCCUGAGGGCUGCUUUGGGUUUGGAUUUGUUUCUUGGUGCCCCCUGGAGCCACUCUCCCUGCAACUCAGUAUUCCCGGGCUCCUCGAGAUCAGAUCGAUAGGUGUGUGUUGUUUCACUGCUGGGCGACUGCUCCCAUGCGCUCCCCUCAGGCGUUGCCCAGACUUGUUCAGACACCGAUCGUGGGUUCCUGAGCACAGAAGCAAGCACGGUGUCCACCUCGUUCUUUCUACUGGGGCCCAGCCGUCUCCAGCGACACACCCCAGCCAACCAAAUGUUUGCCGCUAGCGGUUUCAUCCACCUCCCUGGGAGACCCAGAAUGAGCAGCAGUACUGAGCCCCCCGGGGUCAGCCAUGGGCCUGCGCUGAACUCACCGGUUGGUCCUCCAGACCCACUGUCCUCCCCGCUCUUCCCUGCUCUAGUUCAGAGUGACGGGCGGGCCAAACCAUGAGGAUUUGUGGCCUUAUGCCCAAUGGGGGGAGUUCCCGGAGGAGACUGGAGCUGGGGGAUAAGGAUGGAGGGAGGAUUUACUCCCCUGGCUCCUUUUCUGGGUGCCUCUGGCUGGACUCACUGAAGGGCUGGCUCUGAGGAGGGGCGGCUCUCUCCUCCUCACGGCCUCUCUCCGUCUCUGGCUUCUGCUACUUCUCGUCCUUCAGAAGAGGGUGCAGCGAUGGGAGCCUGGCUUUCACAGACCUCUACCAGGCUUCUGGCUCCCCUACACCCUGCCCACACCUCGAAAGACAUUUUUAGAGAGCCCCUUUGGUUGGUUUUGUUCUGAAUGUGCUAUUUCUUCAGCGGUCCUUCUGAAAAAGCACAGUAUGAGGCAGCUUGAGUUUGUUGAAAAAUAGAGUGAAAAGAUCAUGGGAUUUUCCCACAAGCUUUUUGAAGCCCCUCAAACCCUUCCGGUUAUAGGAAAAACUCUUCCUUUGAACUUGUGACGACUGCUGAUGCUUACCUAAGACGGUGAAGCUUUUCUUCUCCACCCUCGUUCGAGCAGUUCCCCAAUCCUAAAGGGCAGGGUGUUGGCCCAGGCCGGCACCUUGGAUGUGCCUUAGCAGACGAUUACAUGACAACAGGUGAAAUGGAAAAUGUUUGCUUAAGCUACCCCCGCCCCCCCCAUUGAUGACAGUAGAUUUAUUCUGAAUACAUGGCAGAUUUUCCAAGAUAAAGGAAUGUGAGAUGAAGACUAUUACAAAGUGUGUUGCUCUGAUAGACAAAGGGGCCCCUGUGGACAUCCACUUGUUCCCAGUCCCAUCCUUGGAGUGUAAUUUGUUGGUUUGAGAAAUAAAAUAACAACAAAACA